GAACGGCAAUCUCACACGCAUUGCAUCUUGCAUGGCUUGGAGACCAGUAGCUAACGUCGGGAUCGGUGAUGGCUCCGGAGACAGCAGCAAUGCCAAUUGCCUUCCAAUGACCUUCUGGCGCCGUUUGCUAGACUCAUGGAGCUUCAAAAGAGCUUGAUAUGAGCAUCAAAUGUUUCUGGGGUCAGCAAACCCGCAUAACCAGCAGCAGGUUUACACUAUCAGCAGAGACCCACAUCCCAAAAGCCCAUCCCUUAUCCAGGCACGUAAGCAGCAUCACGAGGGCACGUUCGCAUCCACGUACGUACGUCAAAGUGCCCUCAUCCACCUCGCGCCAACGCGCACGCCGGAUUACCCAUCUAGGCAAGCCCGAGGACGCCACCACGGGCCUCCCGUCCACCCACCCACGCACAACCGUCCAACGGCCAGCUUGCGCGCCCACUCCGUUGUGCCAGUCGUCCGCGGCAGCAGCAGCAGUAGCAGUGUGGCACGGCCUGGGCAGCGCUGGGGCUGCUCUGACGUCUCCUCGUGGAGCCAGUGCAACCAUUUGCGGAAGUUCCGGAGGCCUGGCCGCUGCCCGGCUCCUCUUCCUCUCCUCCUCUGCAGCGCUGGCCAAGGGAGCUGCUUCUGCCCGUGCCCGCGUGACGGCGCUCGGUGCUGUGAGAGCGGGUGGUGUCAGCUUCUUGGACGGCUGCUCCCUAGGCUGCUGCUAGGCGGCGUCGUAUAAGAGGAGCGCGCAGUAGCUGCUGUUGGCUCUCAAUCGGCCUGUCUCAAUUCGCAAUUCUUACAGCAGCGUCUUCUUUCCAAAAAACCAAUCCAUUCCCCCAACUAGAGCGCGGUCCUACAUUCCCAUCCCCAGCUCUACAUAUCCAC